CCUUUAUCCAUGGUUUUAUGGAAAACAGAUAUUCCAUGAUCGGAAAAAAAAACAACAGGAGACCGUCACCAAUCGUGAACAUCUUCAUCUACCGUCGUUAAACGUCCUCCGGCUCUUUGUGACGUUCGGUAAGGACCUGUGCUUCACGUCCGGAGCUAACGCUGUUAACCGUAAGCGUACAUGGCGUUAAUAUCUCCACUCGAGUGUCUGUACACGACGCGGGACGUGAACGAACCUGUCGGGGCUUCGAAGAAGAUAGCUACUCUUACGAAUCCAACGAAUCUAUGCUAAUCUUAACCGGCAAAGGACGCAGGUAUUAUUCUGCUGUAAUUGAGAUUUCAACUCACCAGGAAAGAACACACACACGAAAAAGCAAAUUAAGUAAAGGGGCACUCAUGUCAUUCACAAAGCGACGGCGAAUAAGUGCAGGAAAAAGAAAAAAAAACGUCACGGAGAUUUACAGAUGUCCUUGAGAAAAGUCUAAGUCUACAUUUAUUUGUAAGGGACCGUGUACAAAACGAUAUGACAACACAGACAUGAAAUUUUGGAGUUGUAAAUUCAAACUCCGAAUAAAACAUAACAGGGGAUUCGACCCUUGUUGUAAACCGCACGACCUCACAAGGGCACGACGCCUAGUUUGGGAGCUCCUGGGUUCCAUUAAAAGCGAGAUACCUGCGAACAUCCCGUAAUAGAACGCAGAAAUGAUCCGUUAUCAAAUUCGUCGGAAAAGACGCCGCGAUCCGUGCAGGUUUCUAAAUCGGUAAGGAGCGGAAAGUGAAGUAAACGUCCAAAAGUGCGCCGUGUUUAGAAAUGCCUUCCUUAUUUAGCUCAGCGUUAAUAUGAUCAGACCUUUAGACCACUUUUAUUACAGUACUCAAGAGAUCUUGAGGAAAUAUAGAGAGGGGGAAAAACACUGAGUGUGAUAUUUUUGUGUCCUAUGAACUUACAAAGUGAUUCAUUUAAUGAAAAUACUUCCCUGUUGUUCCUUCCAAAAGAGGCCGGGUUAUAGACAGAUAAAGCCUAUAUAAAGGACAUCGAUCCGGAUCGCUCUACACUGCUCGACGUCGUCAUUCCUCUCAGAGCGUCAUGCCGCGCUUUCGGACCGACUGCAUCGAGAAGCCUUUCUCCAGGCUCUUUGAGAAGCUCGGGCAUGUGGUGGGUUCUUCUCCUGAGUGGUUCAUCAUCGUUCCUCUUCUCAUGUCCUUGGCGUUCGGCGGAGGCCUGCUUUUUCUCGCCGAGCUCGAGGAUAAUGACAUAGAGAACCAGUUCACACCCAUCAACGGAUCGUCGAAGGAAGCCAGGCUUUUCGUGAUGAAGAAUUUCCCAAUUAACGACUCCAUGUUCUCAAGCCAAAGACUCUACGCCGAAGGGAAGUACGCAAUAACCGUCCUGUCUACUGAAAACGGAGACAACAUUCUCACAGAGAGUCCUUUCGAAGAAGUCGUUCGUAUUAACAACGUAGUGACCGGUCUUCUGGUGAAGGUCGGACAGACAGACGUAGGCUUCAAGGAUCUGUGCACCACCGUGGAUGGAGAGUGCGUCAGCAACGCCAUAAUAGACAUCUCUGAAAACAACGCAGACAAAAUCGGACAGAUGAAUAUAACGUUUCCAACGUACGCUUUCAGAGGCGGUCUCAUCUUCCUCGGCUCUGAACUCGGUGGUGUGGAAACAUCUGGAAAUACGAUUCAGAAGGCCCAAGCGAUCAGACUUUUCUACUUUCUGAAAAAUAUCUCCGGUUCCAACGACUGGCUGAGAGAAUUCCAUCACGUCCUUCAUGCCGAAGCAAACAACAAGAAAGUCAAGAUAUCUCACUUUACCUCACUGUCCAGGCAGGAGGAGGUGCAGAAACACACUACCGAUGGCCUCCCGUUUUUCUCCAUCACCUACGUCCUUGCAAUCCUGUUCUCCAUAAUAUCGUGUAUGCGACUGGACAACGUGAGGAACAGGCUGUGGGUGGCGUUUGUGGGUGUCCUUUCUGCCGGACUGGCCGUCAUCAGCAGUUUUGGCCUGUUGCUGUAUGCCGGAGUGCCGUUCGUCAUAACCGUGGCUAACUCGCCUUUCUUAAUUCUGGGCAUCGGUGUUGACGAUAUGUUCAUCAUGCUGGCCAACUGGCAGCAGACCGACGUCAGAGACAGUGUUGCGAAGCGAAUGGCAGACACUUAUAAAGAAGCCGCCAUGUCCAUUACCAUCACGACGCUCACCAACGUGCUGGGCUUCUACAUCGGCCUCACGAGCGACUUCGCGUCCGUCCGGGUCUUCUGCCUGUACACCAGCACGGCCAUUAUAUUCUGUUUCCUGUACAACAUCACCUUCUUCGGAGGCUUUCUGGCCCUCAACGGGAGGCGAGAAGCAGGGAACCGACACUGGCUGACCUGCUUGAGGAUCCCACUCGAGAGUCCGGCGGGUAGAUCCAAGGCUUACGCCCUCUGCUGCACAGGAGGAGACUUUGACCGGCAGACUGGCACUGAGAAAGAGCAGCCGGUUAAUCAUUUCUUCAAAAAGUACUACGGCCCCAUUCUUACCAAGACACCGACCAAGGUGUGUGUGAUAUUCCUGUAUCUUGGGUAUCUCGCUGCUGGGAUUUACGGAUGCUUCCUUUUGGAACAGGGGAUCGAAAUGAAACAUCUAGCAGCAGACGACUCCUACGUAAUCAUGUUCUAUGACGACGAGAAGAAGUACUUUUCCAGUUACGGCCCAAACGUCAUGGUGGUAGUGACUGAGGAGUUUCCCUACUGGGACCAGUGCAGAAGAUCUGAGCUAGGGCGCUGUAUGGAAGACUUCAACAAGCUCAGUUUUGUCGACAAGGAUCUGUAUACCUCUUGGCUUGACUCUUAUGUGACGUUUACUCAAACCACGGGACAAGACGUAAACAACGAGACUGUUUUUAAAACCAACCUGCCAAACUUCUUCAACCGCGUCCCUGAGUUCGGGCAAGACGUGAACAUCGUGAACGGCACAAUCGUUGCCUCUCGUUUUUUUGUGCAGACUAUAAACAUCGUCAACGCUGCUAUGGAGAUAACGAUGUUUAACGAGCUUAGAAACACAGCGGAAUACUGUAGAGCAGCAAAUCUACUGGUGUUUCAUCCCAUGUUCAUCUACUUAGACCAAUACACCGUGAUAGUGAGCAGCACUGUUCAGAACGUGGCCGUCACCGCAGCGGUCAUGCUGGUCAUCUCGCUUAUCCUGAUCCCCAACCCUCUGUGCUCUCUCUGGGUCACGUUCUCCAUCGGCUCGGUCAUCACCGGGGUCUCUGGCUUCAUGGCGUUAUGGAGCGUCAAUCUCGACUCCAUUUCCAUGAUCAUUCUGGUCGUGUGUAUUGGUUUCACUGUUGACUUUUCAGCCCAUAUUUCCUACUCCUUCGUCUCGAGCAAGCAAGAAACCGCCAACGAGCGUGCUAUCGACGCCCUGUUUUGUUUGGGCUAUCCUAUACUGCAAGGCGCUUUGUCCACCAUAAUAGGCGUCUUGGUGUUAGCCGGCUCCAAGAACCACAUCUUUCGAACCUUCUUUAAAAUCAUGUUUCUCGUCAUGGUGUUUGGUUUGCUGCACGGCAUUGUGUUCAUCCCGGUGUUCCUCACGUGUUUCUCCUGCGUCUCGAACAAACGUCCUGACGAUCGCAAGACGUGCGACGAGGAAAGCUCGGGACGGAGUACGGAGACACGGCAGACUCAAAUAUAUGUCACUCAAAAUUCUAACCGAUGGUCAGGAGGAACAUGGGACCCUGACUGUCCGUGACAAUCAGAACGAAAACGUUCUCCCGUUAUUUUAGGGCUUCGCUUCAAGAAACAUUAUUGUACAUGCAGCAUGUCGACUGUAUCUGUCACGUAGCUAACGCCGCUCGGUAGUGCUGCUACAAUUCAUUUAACUGCAGUAAAUCAAACAGCUCGUAAAUAGUCACAUCUAUCUUAGCGUUCGAAUAGUGGAUUAACACAGGAAACGCAUUUUAAUGCGGCUCAACGACACCGCCACAUAGCUAACACGGAAUACUGCACUUAAUUAAAAUGCUUUUUCCGUUUAGCUGCGCCAUAAAAAUGUAAAUCUUCAAUGAAAUGAACCAAGACUAGCUCUUAACUAAGUCUAUUCUGAUGUCUUCAUUCAUUCGUCAACAAAUAACCCCCCCAUAAUGCUCCUCACAACACGAACGACUUAUCCCUAACGCCGAAACGUUUACAUAUGAUCUGUCUUCGCGAGGUUUCAAUCCUUAGAUCACAGGUCUAGAUUGAUAUAUCCGGUGUCCCCGGUUCGAUUCUGAGCUCGGGUGGGAAUUCAUGUUCUCGCCAUGUCCGUGUGGGUUUUCACUAGGUUCUCCAAAUUCCUUCCACUGGCUAAAAAUGUGAUGCUAGGUGGAUUGGCUCUGCUAGAUUGCCCCAGGUGUGCGUGAAUGUGUGAGAGAGAGUGUGUGUGUGUGUGUGCAUGGCUUUAAAGAAAAACACUGAAGGAAGGUGCAUACCUUUAUUAGUGGUUAGUGUUAACAGCAUGCUAGGGAAUUAUUUCAUUUAAAAAAAAAUAAAUAAAAAAAUGCCAUGGCUGGAAAAAGGUCCGAAAGCGUUACAGAGCAUAGUACUGGCAUUGACGUGUUACAUAAAAAAUUCCAUUUCCGAAACGUGAAACACGAUGCACAUGACAUUUCUUUUCCACUGUAACCUGAAGAAAAUCUUGUUUCACCACCAGAGGUCACCAUCUCCAGAGUUCUAACCUGUUCCCAUGGUUACCAUGGAUCAAUCUUACCCUGUUUGUAAUUUACGCUCAUUAAUCCUUUUAUUAUCCCUUAAAAAGAAAAGUCACGUGUGAAUGAUCAGACGUGAAAUUCGCACAUUUUAGACAGAUCGUUAGAUCACGCCAGAAGUUGGUUCUUUUGGGGUGGAAAAAUUGUUUAUACAUCAUCAUUUGACUAUGAGUCUUGGGAUUACAUUUGGAUAUGGAUUACUCACAUCACACACACACACACACACACACACACACACACACACACACACACACACACACACACACAGGUGUAAAUGCGCCCAAGACUUUCAAUAAGAUUUAAAGUUGAUCACUUAAACCAUGUCAGGUCUGAUGUUAAAGUUAAUGAAAUAAGUGCAAAUCAUCCUGUCUGAUAAACUAAAAUCCUCUCUCGAUACAUCGUGUCAUGUUUUCGGCAACUGAAAACGAUUUCCUGAUGCAAACGAACACGAGAAGCAGCACAGGAAGUUGGUUGUGCGAUGUUAUGAGCUCGUGUAUGUGUAGAUUAACAUGUGAGACCAUCGAUCUGAAACGACCAGCAACCAGUCCCAGAUACCAGACGUAUGAAACGAGGACGUGUUCUUCAGGACCGUAGUCUCGCAUGUGUUCUUUCGUGGGAACCUGAGAUCCCGUACCUGAUGUGUAAUCCGGGUCCGGUGCAGGAUUUCUGAUUGCUGGGCCACGGAAAAAUCCAACCCGCUAUUUCUUAGGACAAUCUGCUGCUGAUGAAACUGAGACCUCUCUGGGGGAGGAAGGAAUCGAGUAAAAAGCAAGACUAGCUCUUUCUAAAUGGAUUCUUUGGCCGUAUAGUCCUUGUUGAUCGGCUGUAUGGAAUGUGUUUUAAAUAUUCAUGAAUCCAUAAACGUUUACGGGCACCAUAGCGACAGGUCUGGGUAACACAGCAGCCGAGGAAAGGAAGGAGGAGAUUCGCUGCUACGUACAGUACUUCAAGCUCUUGUUAUUAUUAUUAUUAUUAUUAUUAUUAUUAUUAUUAUCAUGAGCUCGGCUUCAGCGUCACGGGUCAAACGUCACCCUUUUCAUUGCAGUGAUGAAGGAAACGAACCUGAAAUGUUUCAACUGCUAACUAAAGGUACCGAGUGUUAAAAAAAUUCAACAGAUGUACAGUAUAUAACCACAAAUUAAUGCCCAAUAUUAGGUUAAACACUCGGCGUCGUUCCGUUGUAGGAAGAUAAUCGACAACUGAUGACGCGGCGAAGCAGAAAAGUUGAUUCUUUUCCGAUAAAAAGCCAAUCCUGAAGUGUUUUAUUCCUCUUGUGCUACAGCAAUUUGUCAACAAUUACAAUUUUUAUUUAAAAAAAACAAAAAAAACAAAAACAAAUACAGGACAUGUCAUCAUUUUUUUUUUUUUUAUCCAUUUAAAGUUACAUUUAACACAAGUUAGUUCCUGUUUUCACGUACAUUAUAGCAGCUAUAAACAGUCGUUCCCGCACCGCGCUCUAUUUUCUCUCUCUUGACGUUAAUAAGACAGAAAAAUUAAAUAAAUCACGCAGCAGGUCCUCUGU